AUGUUAGCAACAACAGCACCAAACUCGUUAGUCAUGAACCCAACAUCUAUGUUAGUAGAGAUGAAAAGCUUCAUUCCUUCUUCAUAUACUUUCGAAACAGAAAUCCAGAAGAUAAAGCAAGAACUUCUCCAAGGAGAUUUAGAUUGCACUGCAAAAGAUGAAACAAAUGAACAGUAUCUUUAUGAAAUGCAGGAUAUUAUUGACCAUCUACCUAAACUUCCUGAAAUCCAACAACAAAAGCUCACUAUUCCUGAAUUCGAUGAAAUAGAAGUCAAAGCAACUGACUCAGUAGAAAUAAAGAAGUUCAUUCGUAAGGUAAACUAUGAGUUUCUUGGAUUUCAUUGCAACCACAAAGACUGCGAUAUGGUAUAUUUCAUUGACAUAUAUAAAUCUGGGGAGUUUAAGACCUACGACAACUUUGUUUCGUUAGUUGCAAAAUGUGUAUGGCAGAUAAGAGAUAAAGAUAGAAGAGGUAAAGUAUGGAAUGAACAGAUAAAACCCGCAACUUUUGAGUUAAAGAAAACCAUUUACGCCUUAGUUGUUUUAGCAGGUAAGGUUUCAAUGUACAAUGCUAAAAUGAACCCCACAAUGUUCAAAAUGUAA